AAACAAAUGAAUGCGCAAAUUUGUCUCUAGUCGUACGCAGACUUCGCACGGUCGGUGUGGUGUGAUUUGCUAAAUCAAGUUCAAGAGUUUUUCCCCCCGAGUAUUUUCAGGUACAAAAAUAAACAAAAUGUCGGUAAAUGGCCUUCUUAAAUUGGGACCGAAUGUUGUGAGAACGUUUUUUAGAACGUACAAAGCUUCCGGCAUUCCAGAAUUAACACAGGUGCGUCACAAUGUGAAGCGUGGUAAUUAUGCCAAUUUAGAAGGCAAGGACAUUGCAUUCUUCGAAUCGAUAGUUGGGAAAAAUCAUAUUGUGCAAGAGGAUCUACAAGGCUACAAUGUAGAUUUCUUGCGAAGUGUACGCGGUGACAGUCAGCUGGUACUGAGACCGAGUUCGGCGCAAGAAAUUUCCGCCAUACUGAAAUAUUGUAAUGAACGCAAACUGGCUGUGUGUCCGCAGGGUGGUAAUACCGGUUUGGUUGGUGGUUCGGUGCCUGUCUGUGAUGAAAUUGUACUGUCUUUGGCGCGUCUCGAUAAGAUACUGCACAUUGAUGAAAUAACCGGCAUAGCAGCGUGUGAAGCCGGUUGUAUAUUGGAGAAUUUAGAUUUGAAAGCACGUGAAUUGGGUUUGGUGGUGCCUUUGGAUUUGGGUGCCAAGUCUAGUUGUCACAUUGGUGGUAAUGUGUCGACGAAUGCAGGUGGCUUGCGCGUAUUGCGUUACGGCAAUCUACAUGGCAGUGUGUUGGGCGUGGAAGCGGUUCUUGCCAAUGGCGAAAUUCUCGAUCUUAUGUCUGACUUCAAAAAAGAUAACACUGGCUAUCAUUUGAAGCAUCUCUUUAUUGGCUCUGAAGGUACUUUGGGUGUGGUGACCAAAGUCUCCAUGCUAUGUGCGCCACAACCACAAGCUCAGCAUGUGGCCUUUUUAGGUCUACCCUCCUUCGAUGAUGUCCUCAAGACGUUCCGCAAUUCCAGACAAUUCCUGGGCGAGAUUCUCUCCUCCUGCGAAAUGGUCGAUGCUGCAUCCUUAGAUGCCAGCGUUAAUCACUUUAAACUCAACUCUCCAAUCGAAGGCUAUCCUUUCUACAUGCUGAUUGAGACAUCCGGCAGCAAUGCUGAACAUGAUAUGGAAAAGUUUAAUCGUUUCCUUGAGAACGGCAUGGAGAAGGGACAGAUUAUUGAUGGCACCAUUACGGGUGAAGUGGGUAAAAUGCAAGAGAUUUGGAAAUUGCGUGAGCUUGUGCCGGUCGCACUAGUGGAGGAUGGUUUCUGCUUUAAAUAUGACAUCUCUUUGCCGUUGCGCGAAUUCUAUCACAUUGUCGAGGUGAUGCACGAACGUGUGGGCAAUUUGGCGACACGCGUUUGCGGUUACGGACAUUUGGGCGAUUCCAAUUUACAUUUGAAUAUCUGCUGUCCGGAAUUCACACAGGAAAUCUACAAAUGCAUUGAGCCCUUCGUCUAUGAGUACACAUCACAAGUGAAGGGCAGCAUAAGCGCGGAGCAUGGCAUUGGUUUUUUGAAAAAGAACUAUUUGAAGUACAGUAAGAGUCGGGCAGCGAUUGAGAAGAUGCGUGAGAUGAAACAACUUUUAGAUCCAAAUGGCAUAUUGAACCCGUACAAAGUGCUUAAUUAAGCUUGGGAUGCCUUGUGCGUUCUUCUAAUGGACUAAAUGUAAAACGUUGUAUAUAUGUAUGUAUGCAUGUAUGUUUGUAUUGUAUACAUUAGACAUGAUUAAAUUGCUAUUAAAAUUAAAUUUAAAUGAAAAAAUUUUAAAUUUUGCAAAAAAAAAAAA